CUUUCUGUGUAGGACAAAAACAGGAACAAGCAUUCUACACUUCCGUAUCUUGUCUGUGCAAUCAAUCAAUUAGUCUCUUUUAAACGUUUUCUCUUCAUGUUUCGUCCAUGGAAUCUUUCUAAGGUUAAGAACUUUGUGUCUCUCUUUAAAUAUCCACUUUGUCGGGCAUUCCUUCUAAAAAUUUUCAAGAUCACAACUGUCGGAGAUGUAUAGGCAUUUGUUUGCUUAUCAGAUGGCUUCUUCAUUGAGCUCUAGAGUUCUUUUUAUCGGAUUAUUAAGUGCCAUGACUUGCUUUGUUGCAUUGGCUAUUGAUAACAAUCCUCUACAGGAUUUUUGUGUUGGUGAUCCAACUAGCCCAGUUCUGGUUAAUGGACUUGUUUGCAAGAAUCCGAGGAACGUGACUGCAGACGACUUCUUCUUCAGUGGAUUGAACGAAGCAGGGGACACGUCGAAUCCAGUUGGAUCAAAUGUAACUGAAGUUGAUGUUGAUCAGGUUCCUGGACUGAACACUCUGAGCAUUGGCAUAGCCCGUAUCGACUAUGCACCAAGGGGACUCAAUCCCCCCCACAUACAUCCUCGUGCUACUGAAAUCCUGACUGUCAUCAAAGGCCAGCUGCGGGUUGGAUUUGUGACUUCGAAUCCAGAGAAUCGCCUAAUCGCCAAAGACCUUAACGAGGGUGAUGUGUUCGUGUUCCCCGAAGGUCUCAUCCACUUCCAAAAAAAUAUGGGAAAAGGUAAUGCCGUUGCAGUUUCUGCUGUUAACAGCCAAGACCCCGGGGUUAUCACCAUUGCGAAUGCUGUAUUCGGAUCCAAUCCAAAUAUAUCUCCUGAUAUUAUUUCCAAGGCAUUUAUGCUAGACGAGGAGACGGUGAAAGAAUUGCAGGCACGGUUUGAUUAAGCAGAUCGAUGAAAGUAUUGGAUCAACCAAAAUGCCUAUACAUGUAACAAACUGUUAUGGCUGUUUAGCCUGUGUCACAUUAGUGAUCAGAUGUAUCACAGCGUGCUUGUUGACAUGAAGCCUAAAUAAAAUUCUU